ACUUUUGAAGACUGCGUGAGUCGCGGUCGAGGCGCAGAGCAGAGAGUUGCGACCAGUUGCCUCAGUGCAAGUUGGAUCGCUACAUGAGACACCAUCAUUCACUUGAACGGCGGCCAGGACUCCUCUACCAACCAAUCUCCUAAUUGUCACCAAAUUAUGGAAACAGUCACUCCGGACAACUCACAGUUCUACAGUUUUAAAGACACCAGCGAUCUCUAUAUCAAGUACAGGCCAACGUACCCAGAAAGACUCUACGAAAAGGUCAUCAAGUUUUGUCAAGAGUCGGAGACUUGUACCUGGGAGCUGGCAGUAGAUGUCGCCUGUGGCUCUGGACAGAGUACGCUGCCCUUGGCAAAGUUAUUCAAACAGAUUUUUUGAGGAAGCAGAUCGGAUCCUAAAGCCCGGGGGUUCCCUCAUUCUGUACAGCUUUGGCACAGAUUCCUUUACUCAUCAUGAGGCCGACAGAUACAUACAGUAUCUAAAUAUAUCUUCCAAGUACGUGGCAAAGUAUCACCCAGCGACAGAGAAACUCAUCAACAGAUACAGGGACGUGACUUUACCCUAUCCGGGGUGGCGGAGGCGUCUGAGUGCCAAUGGGACCUUAGGUGUUUGUGGUUUGUCUGGAUUUGAUCCGGAUGGCGACUGUGGCCUGAUGUCAGCUAAUGGUGGUGCUGGAAAUGGUUGCUCGGAUGAGAUGACACCCCAGUCCCUUAGGAACCGUUCUGUCUGUGUGGCUGUAAAUUUCGGGGCCGCCAUCAGACGUCAGCUGUUCACAGAUGCCAAAUGGGACAAAGGUCCCCCUGAGGCUGGUGAUCAGUCCUUUGGUUCCUUCCUUCGCCCUCUCCACUAUUGCAAUGACGAGGCCCGAACAGCCGAGGAAAAAGUGUCUCGCCUUAUCGAGGGCAUCGAAUACUGCAAGUAG